AAUGAAAGUAAAAUACAUGAAGCUGAAAAAAUACUUGAAAGAAAUAGAUGAACGACAAAGAGGAGCUCUUCUGCGAAACCAGACCUUUUUAAAGGAAUUCGACCAAUUUGAAGCUCAUAUGAAGAUUUCAAGUUCAGAGAUGAUUCAGAAGAUGGAAGUAACUUUAUUAAGACCUAACCUAAUACGUUAGUGUUUGCUGUUAUUACAGGGUUGCUACACUGGUUUUGUUUGAAUAUUAUGCACAUCAAGACUUCAGAUGCUACUGAAACCUCAUCAUAUGUUUUGGAGUGCUUAAAGUGCUAAUGUUUGGGAAUUUGAAAGGAACCCAAACUCUGCAAAUCUGUGAUCUAAUAGAUCCUACUGUAGCUGCAGAGGUAGUCAGCAGUGCUGCUCAGAACUCUGCCUUUGGUCUAUAGUAAAAUGUUCUGUGCUUCUGAGUCUCUUGGAAGUGAGGGAGAACUGAGAUCAAAAAAAAUGCAUAAAUGGAUCAUGUCUUUGGAGUAUUAGUGAUAAGAUAAUUAAUCAGUGUUAUCUAGGUUAGCAAAAAAAAAUGAGUUGAAAUAGUUUCAUAAAGACUUUGUUAUAAAACUGUAUUUUUGUAAGGCUUUUAUUACUUAAAAAUGCCUAAAUACAUUUUCGUGGGAGGUUUGUUUCAGGAUGCAUUUUUCAUUUUGCUGGUAUGAACACCCUGAGUAGCCAUCAUUAGUCUUGCCCAUGCUUAUUGCUCUGUCUUCAUUAGCAGUAAGUAACUUCUGUUGCAACAGAUAAUUGUGUGUGAGCUGCCUGUACUAAAGCUGAGCUAAAAUGAGGACACAAUCAGGUUUAUUACUAAACAGUCAACUAGCAAUACUUGAACAGUGGUAAGAGAAUAAACUACUUCCUCCAGCAUCCUGUUGCAUCACUCAGGUCUUUGCUUUUGGUAACAUUUUUUGCAUGUACACAGAGAUAUUUUAUUCAUGUACCUUCAGAGUUGGAAGUUUUGAACUUCUCUUACCAGCCUUCUGGGCUGGUGAAGUAAAGCCUAGAGAGCGUUUCAUCACAUUGUAUACUUGAGUUGUGCAUCAAAACUGACAUGGAAGGAGUACUAAAUGACCACUUUUAAAAGAGCCAGUACCCAAUAGAAUAUACUUCUUGCUGUUGUCUUUGUAGCACCUUUGUUACCCAAGAUGACUGCAAAUGUGCUGCUUUUCCUUUCUCCGCUCAUAGCCUUGACUGCUGUCAGCUCAAAGGUCUACAAUAGUAAAAGGGUCUUCUUACUGACUUCAUUGAAUGUCAUCAGUUUGAGAGCUCAUGCUGGGAUGAAUUAUCCUUCUGAAAGAGGCUGUUGAACUAAUAGAUGCCUGUUCUGGUUUUAAAUGACUAAUUUCUUAAAAGUUACCACAACAGGUAGAAAACAUGCAUGGUCAUGCAUUUUAAAAAGAAAGAAUAAAAGCUCUUGUGAAGACAAAUGAAAGUGACCAUUCAACAACCACAUUAGCCACCCUCUGCUGUCUGUUCUGCCUGUUACAGUAGCUUUGGUCUGCAAUUCUCAUUGCAGAAACAGUUGUCAACAGUCAGCUUGACUCUACGGUGUUUUCUUUUUGGAGGAAAGUAUCUGUCUUCUGGCAAGCCCCUGUGGGAAUAUCUCUCCUCAUGAUGACUGGAGCUGAUAAUGAAAUGGGGAUUUCUGUACCUCCAGCAUGGUACGGAACAGAACUGAAAAGUGUGUUACCCCUUCAAGAGGGUGACUUGUUGGCAGAAGGUGACGAGGCCGAGGAGCACAGGAUAAUGCAGAUUCCGCAGGUUGGAAGACAGGCAGGAGUUGGCAUUAAGACAUCUGUGCCAGAAGGACUGUAUCACCCAGCAACAGUCUUUAUGGGCCUCCACAGGUCAGCUGUUUCAGCCACUGGAGGUUUGGGCAUGUGGCAGAAGCCCUCCUGGCCCACAGAAAGCCACUUGGUACCUGACUCACCUUCAUGCUCUCCAUCACUUGAAGGACUUGAUCCAGAGAGCAGAAGUGCCGAUGGAGAGUUUGAUGCAUCAGUGGAGGGAGCAGCGACACGUGGGGACCUUGCCACCAGCGAGGAAGGCUCUGAGCAGCUCAUCUCCUCGGCAUCUGAUCCCAAACCUGAGGAGGAAUGGCUGCAGGGAAGCAUUCCAGGACCCAAGUCUUGCCUGGAUAACUGGUGGAUGUCUAAGGAGGCAAGCUGGGAGAGCAGCGCUGAGCUCCCGGUGCCCGCAAGCGCCGAGGAAGUGAUGCUGAGCACUCCUGGCCUGCAGCAGGGGCCAGCCUUGCCCGGGGCCAGGGGGGAGUGGGGCAGUGAUGCCUGUACUGCAGAGGGCUCCUUGCUGCAACCACCAGAUCUUCACGCAGUGCAGGAGGUCAGCUCAGCACCAGACGGGCAGGGCGCGAUGCUGGCAGGCCUCUCCCGUGCUCUGCAGCUGAUAGAAGAUGUGGUGGUGAGGAGGAGCCCCCAGCACCGGGUGCUGUACCAGGACAAGUGCCAGGGGACGGUGGGGACGGCGGAGCUGCUCAGCUUUUGUCGUCGGGCUGGCAGUCUGAAAGAAGGUGACCUUGAAGAAUGCGAAGCAGUUGUCCUUCAUCAGCUUCGGGCUUUAUUACAGAGUGAGCUGAAUGGAGGCUUCCUACCUGAGAGAACACUCCAUGCUGAAGGUAGAGCAGUGGAUGAAAAGCAAACCAGGCCAGACCAGCAGCGGGAUGUGGACAUACAGCGGACUUUCUUGAGCAACCAUGCCUUGUUCUUGAAAAAGCACCAAGUUCAGCUCACAGAUGAAGUGGUGGAGAUGUUUGGAAGCCUGCUUGUUUCUGGCAAGAAGUCGCAGGAUGACCAGGCUCUACCCGUGUUGAGAGAGGUCCUUCCAGAAGAGUGUGGGAAUAGGUCAUCUAUUCAGAGUAAUGAAUCAUCUUGCAGCUUGCCAUCGAUCCCAAAUGAUGGUGGGGAAAUAAAGCAGGCAAAACAUGCUGCCCAGCUCACCGGCGCGGGAGAGCAAGAAGUCACAAGCUGGUGUGAAGAUGAGAGCAAGGAAGAAAGCGUGGUCGAAAAGAUUCCUAUUACAGGUUGGGAUAGUGGCAGUAACGGUUCCGAAGCAAAAGCAAGCCAAGAACUGCAUUUGGAAACGAGUUCUUCAUCGAAUGAAAGAAGUCCUCCCUUCUCAAGGGCUGAAACCAGGAAGGGAAUGGUAACUGCUAUAAAAUCCAAAGCUUUUUGGGGCGAAUCUGAGGAGAGCAGCUCUGAGAUCGAGGCUGCUUUGCGCCCCCAGACUCACAGCACCGAAGCAGACGAAUUUGAUGAUUUCUACGAUUAAGAUUUCCCCCCCCCCAGCUUGCUCUUGGGAAGAAAUAAACAAUAUCCUCUUGUACAGAUUGAG